AUGAAAAAACGCCAACAAGAGGAAAUUAUCGAAAUUCUUGAUGACGAUAAAGCCUUUGCUUCUUCUUCGGGAAAGGCAUUUUGUUGUUCCUUCGUGCUCUCCGUGAAGGAAAACAAAAUUUCAAGCCUCUUUCUCGACACUUCUAAAGCGCAUGUCGUCAAACAAAAAAGCAUUACCAAUUAUUUCAACAAACAAUCAUCAUCGAAAUCGUCACCACUUCAUGAAAAGAAAUCCAAACAGAUCAAACAAGAAAAGAAAUACUCUCAGAUCAUUCAAGCACCUUCCGAAAAAUGGUUCUCUGACAAGAUAUCUGUCUUGAAAGUGGAAGACAUUCAAGUUGUUUCUUCACAAUCAUCACUCUGUGCGAAUCCUUCACCACCAUUGUUUCAAAAAAUCAAUACACAACUUUCCUCUGACAUGAAUAUUAAGAAUAAGAAGGUAACAUUUCAAAUGAAUUGUUCCAUUUCGAGUGACUCGUCGAUUUGUGCACAUGUUUCAGUUCCAAUCAAAAACAAAAAGUCACAUCCCGUUGUGGUGACAUCAACCACUGGAACAAAAAGACAAAUUCCUCAAUUUGCUCUUUCCUUCUUAAAAUCAGCUUUGCAAAAAACAAUUCGAUUAGGGAAGGCAGAAUCCAGUGUUCGAAUUGCUUCUGUCAUGAUUUACAAAUUUUCCUUUUUAGAAUUUCUUAGAAGGAUUCUAGUCAUUAUUGUUGAAGACGCAAUUCUGCAUCCCAUGACAUCGCUCAUGGCCUGGAUGAUGACGUAUUAUAGUGGAAAACAUUUUUCAAGUGAGGAAUCGAUUGCAAUUCCAAAACUAUUUGUUGAUGCAUGUUUGCAAUUGGUUUAUGACAUUGCCAAUGUGAAAUUUAGAGAAAAUCUCCAUCAAAUUGAGGAAUUUUUAAAUGAAGAUGAAGUGAAUUCCCUCUUUCAAAACAAUCUAGAUGCAUUAUCUCCAACAGAAUCUACACUUCUUCGGUCUUUAUUUAUUCGAUCCUGCUUUGGAGGAAUGACAGGAGAUAUUACACUCUUAAACUCUCAAGCUUAUUUAUGGCAAUUAAGGUUUUCCAAACGAGUUGAAAUUCCAUCUUCCAUUCAAGAAUUGAAAUUCGAACAUUUCAAAAUUCCAAACAUUUUCCAACCACUCCUGACUCAACAAGAAUUUAACUCGAGCUCAGAAUGGUUCAAAUAUUUAUGUGCAAUCUAUUACCAUCCAGAUUUUAACAUGUGUGAAAAAGCUAGUCCACAACGCGAGAUCUUUAUUCAGACUUUCUGCAACAAACCUUUCAGUGGUGAAUUGUUCUUUGGAGAUUUAUUAGUGAGUUCGAUCGACUUUCAUUGUUUUCCAUCUCUUAUUGAAAAGUGUUGUAUCAAAUAUCAUCAACUAGAGGCUAAUAAUAGUGGAAAUAGUAGUACCUUUACUCCCACCUUCACCACAGCCACUCAUCACGCUUCACACAUUCGACAACAGCAACAAGAAUAUCAAAUCUCCAAUGAGGAAUUAUCGAAUUGCAUCAAACACAUUAUUUGGCACAAGAGCUCAAAAUUGAAUAUUCGAAAUAUCAUUUCCACCACUUUGAAUGCACCAACAUCUGAAAAGCAUCACCAAGAAGGUUUGAACUCUUCUUUAACUACGAACAGUUGUUCUUCUUCUAGAACCACCUCCAUCACCAUCAACACAUCAAGUACUUUGAAUGAUGAUUACAUUCAAUGGUUAGAAUUGGAAUGGAAUCAUUGCCUUACUCGAGAUGAGAACAACAUUUAUCAAGUAUUGGCACCUCAUUUGAAUCCUCUUCAUAUGAAAGCAUUUCAAGCGCAAUGUCUUUAA